AUGCCGCCGUUCUUUUCACCAAGAAAACCGAAGGCACCUAGUCGUAUCGAUACAGAGCAGCGGGCUACCAACUCGCACUACUAUACAGUUUUCAAAGUCGUCCUAAAAGUGACUGUUAUUACUCUUGUUAUUUGCAUUGCUUUCUUACCAACGGUAGCACUUCGUAACAAGCACGGACAUCAUUCUGACGAGGUUCUUGUUAAAAAUCUGGAACAUCCUGCAAAAUUCGAUGUCUCGACUGAACUUGAACGUCAAGUUACUCAUGUUCCACUUCGCCUUGUGAAGUCUGCGAAGUUACUUGUUCAACAAUUACGCAUUCGUGACUCGACAUUGGGAAAGUCGACGGAUGUUUCUACUAGCGAACAGGUCGAACGUUUUGAGGACGUUACCGAUGCUACUACUGAUGGUAUUCAAUACGGUGAUUAUACACUUGGUGGCUCAAGGCACCAGACCAAGUCCGAAAUCGAACGAUUACAGCAUUGCUCUCUAGAGAUCAAAAGCAAGAACAGAGGUAAAUUUAUUAGACAAUUUCCUCUUCCUAUUAGAGAGGAUGACCGUGUAAUCUCAAUGCGUUGUUCUUGGCAAGAGCGACGCAAGCAGGGUGGAAGGUGUGUCUCUCAUGAGUGGCAACCCACAUCUCGCUCCUUGAUCGUGGAUGGAGAUGCUGCUCUUUCCUCAGUUCACAGGCUCAUGCCAACUUUUACUCACACGCCUGGGGUCAUCAGCACUUGUUCCUACAAUAGUGAGGUUAAGAACGAAGAAAAAUGCCCCAAAGAAUUGGUAAAUGGUCUAAAGCCAGCAGAGAACAAACCAAUUUCUAUUUUGGUCAGGCCACCACCUGUCGUUCCCAAUACAAAACAGCAAUCACGGGAAGCAGUAAUAGAUGAGGAGACCAGUGUAAACUACAGACCCUAUAAGGCAGAUUGGUGUAGACAUGGCUGGGUCCGUACCACUGAUGGUUGGUGUAUUUACCGUGGUAGCUUUGAACACCAGACGAUCAGACCGGAGAUUUUCAAUAAUCCACCCGCCUCCAAAAGAUCGGUAUCUUCAGAAGAACAGCGUCGUGAAGCGAUAAUAAAUGAACCAACUAAACUUGAACCCAGACCUUUUCAGGCUGCAUCAUGUCCAGAGUUUUGGGUUCAUACUAAUGACGGUUGGUGUUACUAUCGGGGCUCAUCGAAUAAGCCGUUGGGAUUUUGGGGACCCGAUACAAAGAAGUCAUUAUCUUCAGAACAAAAACGUCGGGAUGGUGGUAUAAGCAAUGAGGCCAAAGAAACAAACACUGUCCAGGACGACUCAUUCCAUUGGAUCAUAGACGAUGACGGUAUCUGUAUCCCUGAAAGCACAAUAUGGGCUGAUCACGACGAUCCGGGAUUCUAUUCGGGAAUUCAUUCACCAUUUGACACUGGGCUUCAUACAGUUGAGUCCAUAGAGUCAGACAUUGAAGAAGACUGCAUGGGUGCAAUCUUUCCAGCCCCUUCGUGCCCAUCUCCUUGGAUGUACGAUGAUGGCUGGUGCACAUGGCUCGGUGAUGGUAUCGACGAUUUCGAUUGGAAGAGAUCAUUCCUAGAGCCUGUUGGGCUGAACUUUCAACGUCGUGAUAAAGUUGAAGGCCAGAAGACACAGGUUCCUUCUUCACUGACAAGUAACGGGCUUCUAUCUACCAUAGAACCUAAACUUUCUGUUGCAACAUCGUCAUCAAAGCAUCCUGCGACUACCACUACUACACAUACUUCUAGUUCCAACUCUAUCUCUACUGCCAUCUCCCCAACUACCACUCUCCCUUCCUCCACAGUUGGAAAGUGUGACCCCCCUUGUAUCCGUACUAUGGAUGGUCGGUGCUUCUUUGAUCCCAAUUAUGAACGCAAGCAUCCUCAAGAUCCAUUGUCACGGCCUCGAAAGACAAUCCGGCAACGACGCGGUGGAUCUAUAAGUGAAGAGCGUGAUGUUGCUCCCAGUUGGCGAGCCGAUUCAUGUGAGCCGCCCUGGGUUCGUACUGACGAUGGUUGGUGUAUCUAUAGACCAGACUACAAGCAAGGAACAAAUGCCUCUUUGUCCAACAAUACAGAACAAUCCAGUACCACGAACCAGUCCAAUAAAACACCACAACCAAGUGCCACAGAACAGCCGGAUGUAACAAAUCAAUCAACUGCUACAGCACAACCAACUCCCACGGAGACAGUAACUCGCAUCCGCCACUGCAUCAGUGACUUACGAGGAAAUCUUCAAUGCUUUGAAAAGUCGUCUGAACCUUGGCCUAAAACUACACCAGUUUCAUCAGCCCGUCAUCGUCGAGGUCUCUGGCCUGCCGAUUGGGUACCACAGACACCAAGCGACUGUGAUCGUUUUCUCGGAAACACAUUUAAGCACUACCAGUGUCUUCAAUCGGUAAAGCACAAAAACGUCGGAUUAAAACUCAUCAUGGCUUUCCUACUUCUAGCUGGAUUUGGUUCCCUUGUAUUCCUCAUCGUCACUUGUGUUAAUCGAGCUGCACGUCCGAAAGCUCAGCCGUUUAGACAAAUGAGCGGGAUUGUCGAUGCAAAUGGUAUGACUCAACAUUCAACACCUUUGUGCAACACCUACCCUUGGAAUAACAAAAGAGAUACGAAUGCAAUGGACGGAGAUCGAUGGGCCAGGGGGCCGCCUGCUUAUGAUCCCUUGAGACAAUUGUCUCCAGAGCAUUCAGGUAGUUUGGUUGCCUGUACCAGGGAAAAUAAUUGCGCAAGUGGUAGUUCGGAUUCGAAUCAAAGUUGGGUUAGAAAAUUGUGUAAUAAAUGUUUUAAGAGGACCAAUUCGUCGGUCUCGGAUAAAGAAGCACAGGCUGGAAGUGUGGGGAAUGGGUUGAGGAAAAAUAAUCAUAGGAUUGAUACGCUGAGGUUGCCGAGUGCAAAAUUGGCGACGGUUAGGAGGGCAAGUGGAUUGCCGAGUGACGAGAAUGGAGAUGUGUUCGUGGGUGGAAGUACGGAGACGGUGGUUAUUGGAAGUGUGGGAAAGGGGUCGGGGAGUGCGGUGGGUAUGAGGGGCUCGGAUAGUGGUUCUGCUGGGGUUUCGGGUGAUGCUGAUGUUGAUGUUGCUAGUGUAGCUGCGGGUGGCUUGAUGAAAUUGGGAAAUCUUAGUGGUGAUACGCUUGUAGAGCCGGAACCGGCGAUGUUGGAAUGUAGAAAUGGAAAGGAUGGUAAGGAUGUUGGGAUAGGGGUGGCUUGA